UUCUGUUAUGGCAGUUGUUCCUGUUAACUAGCACGUGGAGAAGGUUCUGUAUAUUCUAUUGUCUGUAAUUCAAUACUAAUAUAGUCUAUACUACAUAGUACAUACACUAUCUACUAAAUAGUUCUAGUACCUGUUGUGUGUUGUGUUUUCUUUGUAUUUUAUACAGGUUUAAGACUGGCCUUAUUUUAUUAUCGACCAAAGACAUGGAUGAUAUUGAUACAUCUGAGCUGAGCGAAAGUUUGGCAAUUAAACUUAAAAAAAUUGGCCUUCUCUCAAGUCGAAAAAUCAUUGUGAUGGAUUCGAGUGAAUUCCGAAAAAUGGAGAACUUUACAGAUGAAGAGAUUCAUCUGGUUAAAAAUGCUGCUGCCAAUAUUAUCAUUCCUCAAGGGUUUAAAACAGUAAAUGAAGCUAAAAGAAUAUACAAAGAUAAGUGGAGGACUCUGACUUUUGACUGCAAGGGAAUCGAUAAACUUACAGGUGGUGGCAUACCAACAAGGGGAAUCAACGAACUUUAUGGUGUGAGUGGUGCCGGAAAGACACAAUUCUGCCUCCAAUUAUCGAUCACAGUACAGUACCCCUUAGAGCAUGGUGGUCUUGGAAAAAAAGCCGUAUAUAUAUGUACUGAGGACAGAUUUCCAGCCAGACGCCUCCAGGAGAUGGUUCUCAACUUUCCCAGGGGCAAUUUUGAGAUUGAAGGAAAUUGCACAGACAACAUUCUCGUUGACCAUAUCCCCCAAGUGGAAGGUCUGAAAGAUUGCAUUUUGAAAAGGCUGCCACAUGUUUUGAAAACGCUAUCCAUUGGCCUUAUAGUCAUAGAUUCAAUUACUGCUGUCUUCCGAGCUGAGUAUGGCUCAGAUGAUUUAGUGGCAAGAUCAAAGGAGUUGAAAAUCAUUGGGUCAGAGCUGCAUAAUUUGUCCAGAAAAUUUAAUGUCACUAUUUUGUGUGUUAAUCAGGUGGCAGACUCAUUGGAAAACAACGAGGUUGUGCCUGCUCUGGGCUUAGUCUGGUCAAACUUAGUUACAUCCAGAUUCCAAGUAUUGACAGGAAACGAUUCAAAGAUCUUCAGGGUUGUUGCAGCGCCUGAUAUGAACUGUGGGGAGUGCAAAUAUAAAAUAACAGCUAGGGGCAUAGAGGAUGGAUAGAAUAAACUGUACAUACUUAAACAUUCAUGAGUUUUGAAUUAUUGAUUUGUUCCAAUCCCAUUUGCACUAUAACAUUUCUCUUUCUUUUCUCAACAAUUCUCUUUCCUUAUUUAGCACUUGCAGAUCUUUUAAAUGUGGAAAAUUCAAAGUAAAAAUAAUGUGUUUGAGAAUAAUAAUGAGCAAUAUCAUUUUCAAAUGAUCAUUUCUGCAAUAAAAUGUAUGUAAGCUGAAUGUAUGUGAAAUGUUUUAAAUAUAUAAAAUUUGAAAAAUUA